AUGACGUUGUUCACAUGUUUCGAUAAUCUACCCGAUUUAGUAUUAAUCGAACUCUUCUCAUAUCUGUCGUCGACUGAUGUUCUUUGGGGAUUUACUCGUCUUAAAGAUCGUCUAACAAUGUUAAUAACUGAACGAGGUUUCUUUUAUCAUAUUAAUUUAUCAUUUGCACGUCGUCGUCAAUUUAAUACAAUUCUUCGUUUUCUUUCAUUGAAUGAUAUUCAAUCACUUGUAAUUGAUAGUGAUGCAUCUUCACUUCAAUUAACCCGUUAG